AGGAAAGAAAAAAAAAAAACUCACAACUAAAUCACGGAAGAGAUUCAGUCCUGCUAGUUUGGCAACUUCUCUGGGUUGAAAGCGGCGCAGAAGAGCGCAUAAAGGCAGAUUUGCGCACUCUUCCAAAACUUCCUUUGUCCGGCAGACGCGGUAUACGACGGAGGAGUCAUGGAGGACGCCAUUAAGACGGUGGCAACAGUGUUUGUGAAGUCAUGCAAAGGAAAGGACGGUCUAACCGAAUCCAAUUUCCAGAACUUAGUCAAGAACCAACUCUCCAACAUUAUGACGAAUGCGGAUUCCAAAACCGCAGUGUCAAAUUUGAGACAAGAACUGGAUGCCGAUCAAGAUAAAAAAGUUAGCUUUGAGGAGUACAUGAAACUGAUUGGCUACCUGGCUAACGCACUCAGCGAGCAGCGUACCAAGGCGAAUGAGACCGUCCAAAAGGCUGAGACGGAACCACAAUGUACCUCGUCUUCGCAACCGGAAAACAACCAACAGGGGAAAGAAGAUGCAAAGGAAGAGCCUACAAAGGUAGAAACGAACGCCGAAGCGAAGCCUGAACCAGCCAAGGAGACGGAGAAGCCUGCAGUGGCGGCAGGUACAGUGUCGGUGGGGCUACCGGACAAGCCGGCAGCGGCGACUGUGGAGAUGGUGAUAUCAGUGGUGCCAACAAAUGAAAAUAUAAAGGUGGAAGAAUCUGAAAAAGCUGAGAUUGCUAAAGAAAAGCUGGCUACGGCAGUGGAGGAGGAAGGAGAAGGGGAGAAGACGGAUGAGGCGACAUCCUAGGGGACAAUUCAUUCCUUCACCCAUGACAUCCAACACUACAUACUGUGCAACACAGUAUUAAAAAUGCAUAAUUUGAUAAGCCACUAAAGAUUUUAUAUAUAUUUUUUGUUCAAAUCCACACUACAAACCCAGGAGGGGGAAAAACACCACACUUCGCUACAUGAUAAAUUGCAUGUACAUGACAGUACAACUACCUUUUUGUACCACUAUGUUCAUAUGUACAGCAUGUGCAUUUAACUUGCAACAUGUUCACUACCAUUUGCACGCUGGAUUCCUGUGGAACCUUAAAAGUUUACUGCAAAACAUGAUUUAAUUACAUGUGAACAAAGUACCACUGCACAUAACAAUACUGCAACAAGCAUUGUAGUUCGUAUCCCUUCUUUUUCCCCACAUUUGUCCAGUUCUGUCCCUCCUUUCUGCACAUUUUGGUGAGUGCACGAAGCUCAGGCUUCAUUGCAUCACCAUUAUACACUUUUUUUUUUUUGCAUGGAUACAAAACCUGUCAGUAAAAGUGAAACAUUCCUUCUAACCCACUGCUAUGGAGCUGAUUUGGCAUGACAAUAAACUAAUUGUUUUGCUGAAGCAUUGCAUUGCUUUUAGCACAUUGUAAUUGUGUACUUUAUGCACUGCUGCACAGUUUUGUUUUUUUAUAAUCUCUCUCCUCGUGAGUGUUCUCCUUCAAGGUUCACUUCAUCUAGAACCUGGGUUCUCAUGUCUUGGUCGGCCUUGAAUUAGGAAGUGGAAGAUCAAGUGUGGUUGGGGCUUAAUUAUUUAAGGUUGUAGGAGGGAAUCCACACCAAAGGAUGUUUGAAAGAUCCCAAAAUAGUUCUGUGGGAGAGGAUUGUCCUUUUAAAAAUAUUUUCUGGUGCUUUAGAACUGAAAACAUAACACACAUGUCAAUUGUCAUCUCAAACACCUUAAAGUACAAAGUGCACUAAUAUGAGGAUCUUGUGUAGGAUCCUGUUUUGUAGUAUUUGGAAGUGAAUUUUCUGGGAAUUACCAGGUUUGCGGAUGUGGCGCAUAUCACCAUUUUUAUACGUUAGGUCGGUUUGCCUUGGCACGUAUUGACAGGCCUUUUUAAAGGAACCGCUAACCAUGGUUUGUGUUAGCAUAUUUGGUCAUGCUAAUAAUGGGCAACCCAAAGUGGUUAAUGCUAACUAUUGUUGACUUUAAUGCAACAUUCCAGACCAAUUAGGACAUCCAAAUGUCCCAGUUGAUAGUUUCUGCUUCUGACAUCAAAGCGUUCCACCUCUUUGAGCAAAAAAAAGUAACUAAGACAAGUGUGUGAAUGAGUGUUAUUGCUACAAAGAUAUUUACUUAUAUGAACCGGUUCCACAAAACUUGGUUGUUGAAAGGGGGAAAGCAAAUAAAUUAUUACGGUUAAUUCUGUACUGUAUUUCCAAUUUAAGUAACCUAAGAUUUUUGGGGCCCUGCGACAUACUGGCAUCCUGUCCAGGGUGUACCCCGCCUCACCCGCUAUGACUGCUGAGAUAGGCUCCAGUCCCCCAUGACCCUUAAUUGGAGUAAGCGGUUGAAGAUGAGUGUGUGAGAUUUUUGGGGCUAGUUAUGUCUAGAUUUAACAUUUCAUUUUUAGAACUAUUGCACUCAGCGCCUGUGUGUUUAUAAGGGUUAAUAUCCUGAAAUUAUUUAAAUUAAUGUUGACUUAUUGACCUCUUUAUUUGUAAGCCUAUCUACCAUAUGUAGCAUGCACAGAUAACUGGCAGUGUACUUAUACACGCUCAAAAAAUGAAAUGCUAUUUUUACUCUAUAUUAUGUCUACUAGUCCCACAAAACCUAAUUGUGUUUUUUUUUUUUUUUUUAUGCAAUUAAUUGGAACUGUUUACUUUUCCUGUUAAAACAACCAACAUUUGUAGGACCAGUUAACAUAACUAGAUUUAAGUAAAUAUUACAAUGCUUUAUUUCAAUCUCUUGUUCUAAAAUGCCUUAUUUGGCUGAAUGAGGAUAAUGCAAACAUUUAGCUGUUUGAUGCUAACAGGUUAAUGCUAACUUUGAGACAUAUUGUGACCGCAUACAGUAUGUUCAUGCUGACCACAGUGUCUUUCUUUCUUUAGCCUUUGUCGAAUGCACCCUGUCAACAUAAUGUCCGGUAUAAAUACCAGCAGCAGUCCAUUCGGGACAUUUGGCGCUUCCUGGAAACUUUUCAUCUCUGAGCUGAUGCUUUCUGUAGUAGCACUGGAUCAGGGUAUUGACAUAAAAACAUCUCUGCAGAAAGCUAAACUUCUUAGUUGACAUGGUGGUGCUGUGCCCCCCCCCCCCCCCCGGAAUGAAACUUUCUUUCUCCGCCCAUGCUAAAAAUUGUUUAUAGUCAAAUACUGUUUUUUUUUUGUUUGUUUUUUUUUCCCUGCUGGUUUACAGCAGCACUCUGUUAUUGUGUUUUCUGUUGCCUGUCACACCCUUGCGCAGUUUAAAAACCAGUCUAUGUUUGACCUGCAACUGGAUCCUUAAAUUCCAAGCGCUGGGAAACAACUGGAUUAUGUAGUCAUUUGAUGUCUCAUCACACCCAAAAAAGCAAACAAUCAGAUGAAGGUAAUCCUGAGCUCAGAGGGCUCGUUGAGAAGGAGAAGCAAACAAGAAUACUGAGCCAUAAGGCGUCAGCCGCACAUUACUCUGCAUGCUCCUCUAACAUAUCUACCACGUAUUACUCUGGUGUAUUGUUUAAACUUCAUACGGCCUUGAAUAUAUCACAAGACUUUAAGAUUUAACCCACUAAUUAAAUCUUGUUACACAAUAUAUGAUGUUUAUUGUAAAUCUCGUGGUUUGCAAGUCUCGUAAUCGAUAAUGCAGCCAUGAGGAAAAGGCUCACAUCUGAGGCCUACUGUAGACCCGUGACCAGCCAGGUGCAUCAUGCUGAGGCACGUUUUUGGCACACCUGAACACGUGCGCUGUAAAAGCACCUGGGCUUUCAAACCACUCUGAAGCAAAGGGGCAAGACAAAUAAACCCGGAUCACGUGCUCACCCCGCAUGGCGGUGACACUCCCAUUGUAAAUACGCUCUUAUUUACACUGCUCAAUCUUUCAGCGCACAGUAUACUUGUAGUACGCUCUGUAACCUGCAUGCAAUAUGGUUACUAACAAACACCAUCUUAUUGGACAUUUUGGGCUUUUUAGUCGGGGGUUUUUUCUAUAAUGUUUUUUUUAUGACCUUGUUCUUACGGUACUUUAUUCUUACGGAAAAUGUUUGUAAUUCUAGUUGCAUAUCAACACAUUUUUGCACUGUCUUGCAGAACAUAGGCGCUUGCAUCUUUUACACUUGCAAGCUGUUUUGCUGUUCCAUAAGCCAUGCAUAACAUUUCUUCUUAGAAUAGCCCAUUUUAAAUGUGAUCUUUGUAUUGUUCCUUUGUAUUUAAGAAAUAAAGUUAAAAACGGGAUUGGAGAAGUCAAAACACACCUUUUUUCCCAUGUUAUCUGGCUUGACCUGCAUCAAAUAUUAUUCUGUCAUGAUGCUUGUUUUUAUUGCAGUUUCUUUGUCAACAGAAUCUCUCAAAAAUAUGUUUCAGUGAAAUUCAGAGAUGAGGUAGACAUUGUAUCAAGGAAUGACUAAAUAUUUGCAUACAUCAAAUCAAGAGGCACAUCCCACCUUGUAUCUUUGUUCCUCUUUUCUUUGAUCCUGUACUCUCAUCCUGGAUUCCUUUGAUUAUGCAAUUACGCCUUUUUUUUAUCUCAGAUUUUGAUGUAUUUUCCUGUAAUCCCUAAUUUUUGAUCUGUGAUUCUGACACCUUUGAUCCUGUAAUCACAAAUCUUUGAUGUGUGAUGCUGAUUACUUUAAGACUGUAAUCAGAAUCUAGGUUCAUUGAUGAAGAUCAAAUCUCAGUGAGGAAGAUCAAAGCCCUUUUUAAAGAUCUGUUGCUGAUUUUUGACCGAGAAACGGCAAUGAAGUCAUGUCUUCAGCAAUCAGGAUCAAAAGUCAGGAUUAAAGGGCAGCAGUGAGGAUCAAAGAAAGGGCAAGAUCAAAGUGCUUGGAGACCACACCAUCAUUUCAAAGUAUAAGAUAGGUAGAGAAAAAAACUUACAUGGGCUUUUAAACCUUGAUCAUUGACUGAUGCUAACCAAAUUGAAAGUGUUUUUUCAUACACACACCCAAUGUACCUGCCAAAUUUGAUCAAAAUUGGAUUAAGAGUGCUUUAGAUGGCUUGAGAUCAUGUGAACAGAACUGUAUUGUAUCUUGGCAGAAGGGUGCACUUGCUGAGUGUCCUUGUAGUUACACAAAGUAUUGUUAUUACCACUAAUCCUUUCUUUUGCCUCAGAACAGCAGGUGGAUAAAGCGGCAGAUAAACUUCCACAUACUGAAAAGUGAACCGUUCCUUUUUUUUUCUUUCCCUGCAGAAUCUGGCAGUAGUAGUAGUAGUAGUAGUAGAAGUAGUAGUACAGCUUUACCAUGUGAACCGCACCCAAUGUAAACGUGUAGACUUAAAAACAUGCUGGAACUGAAGACGGCAGGGAGUGUUUUAUUGCCACACAAUACGUCUCAUUCAUUCCGAUACCCAGAACAAGAUAAAACUCUUGACUUAAAGUACGUGCAGCAUGCGUGUCUUUAAUUAUAAACAUUUUCAGAAUAUUCUGCAGGAUUUUAUCAGCAAUGUGUAGGCCUACAUCCUGCACAAACGGCAGUUAAGCAGUAUUUCAGUGCACGGCCAUGUCCAGGAAAACCCACUACGCCUGUAUUUCAUAUGAGAGGUCUAAUUUUUUGUUUGUGGCCUUAUCUUUGUAACAUGUACCAACUAAUACUGAAUAAAACUGUGACUAUACCACUUUUA